AUGACCCCGUACGAUUUUAAUAUCACUCGAGAGCGGCCCUUACACAGCAGAUAUAUCAAGCCAUUAGUAGUGCAACGUUCACAGGCUGAACUCGGCGAAGACGAACCUCAAGAGUCAAAGAUGAACAACAGCAAGUCUCCUCUCGUUCACACCACUGUAGUACAUGACUAUGGUUCGACAACAUCCACUUCUGCCAGCACGUCCCAAGAUGAUGGAGCAAUUAAUGGACAUCGCAUUGUCCCAGGGUUCAUCGUCAAUAAUGCCGGAAUGCUAUACAUUAUCGCUUCACAGUUUUUUUUCGCUUCCAUGAAUCUAUCGGUGAAGAUGUUAAACACCUUGGAGCCUCCGGUGCACGCAUUUGAAGUUAGCCUAGUUUCUUUAUCUCUAUUCCCCGAAUGGAAUGAAUAUCAAUACAACAGGAUCGUCAAAAGGGUCCCUGAUCCGAUCUUUGGCCCCAGAGGUGUUCGAAUUUUAUUGAUAAUCCGUGGGAUCACCGGGUUUUUCGGAUUAUGUGGACUAUAUCUGUCGCUUCAGUAUCUAUCUGUUGCAGAUGCGACAGUCCUGACUUUCUUGACACCUCUUGCAUCGGCGAUCGCUGGGUGCGUCCUCCUUGGGGAGGAUUACUCCGUCAUUCAAGUUGUUGCGGGAGUUUUCAGCUUGUUUGGUGUUGUCCUUAUCGCUCGCCCCCCGUUUCUAUUCAAGUUCAUACCAGGCGCUAAUCCUGACGGAUUCUACUUGCCAGAAGUAACUCCAAUGCAAAGGCUUGCGGCCGUUGGCGCGGGCAUGAUUAGUGUUGUUGGAGCCACUGGGGCAUAUACCUCGAUUCGUGCAAUCGGAAAGCGAGCUCAUCCGAUGCAUGUAAUGUCAUUCUUUACCUUGUGGUGCACUAUCAUGGCAUCUUUGGGGAUGAUCGUCUUCAAUAUUCCUUUCGUAUAUCCUAGAUCAUGGAAAUGGUCACUUCUUUUGCUCAUGGUUGGUGUCUUUGGCUUCCUAGCACAGACUCUCUUGACGUUGGGAUUGCAGCGAGAAACUGUAUCACGCGGUUCUACCGGGGUGUAUAUCCAGAUACUUUUUGCUGUAGUGCUUGAACGCCUAAUCUUCGGAGUUGUGCCGUCUUUACUGUCAGUUAUCGGGGCCGCUAUCAUUUUGACAAAGCCAGCACCUACCCCUGCCAGUACCGUUGACCGUACGGCAUAACAUAUUGGAACUCUUGAACUUUCACAGGUCCAUAUAAAGCCUGUAAUUGCUCUUAUACUCUUGUAGCACUUUCAAUUUUCUGUUCGUUCAUCUACCUUCGGACAA